AUGGCUGGUGCUGUGAAAACUCCCUCUCAGCUGAUGCUCUCUCUCUGUCUUCAGUUCCAGGGAGGCGUGUGGUCCUUGAGCACAGUCCUAUGCGAUGCCUUGAUGACCAUGGAUGUGAUGCUGUGCACAGCUUCCAUUUUCAACCUCUGUGCAAUCAGCGUUGAUCGGUUCAUUGCUGUCUCCAUCCCACUGAACUAUAACCGGCGGCAAAUUGACAUGAGGCAGCUGGUCCUCAUCUCCACCACAUGGAUCUUUGCUUUUGCUGUGGCCUCCCCAGUCAUCUUUGGCCUCAACAAUGUUCCAGACCGGGACCCUACAUUGUGUCAGCUGGAGGAUAACAACUACAUUGUGUACUCUUCUAUUUGCUCCUUCUUCAUUCCUUGCCCUGUCAUGCUGGUCCUGUACUGUGCCAUGUUCCAGGGACUUAGGCGUUGGGAGGAAGCCCGGAAGGCCAAGCUGAAGAGCAGCAUCUACUUGGGCAACAGGCCACUGUAUUGUCCACCCGCCGUCAUUGAGAGGAAGCAGGCUGAGGUCAAGUUGGAGGAGCGCAACCAAUAUACCUGCUCCGAGUGCUCUUUUCCCAGGGACUACGUGACCAAUGGGAUUCAGACUGUGUCCUACCCACACCUCAGAUACCCACCACAUAAAGGACUCAAAAGGAAGCAGGCAAAGAUCAAUGGCAGAGAGAGGAAAGCUAUGAAGGUGCUGCCGGUUGUGGUUGGUGUGUUCCUUUUCUGCUGGACUCCUUUCUUUGUGGUCCACAUAACCAGAGCCUUGUGUCACUCCUGCACCAUCCCCAGCGAGGUAACCAGCAUUGUGACAUGGCUGGGCUACGUCAACAGUGCCCUCAACCCCAUCAUCUACACUGUCUUCAACACUGAAUUUAGGAACUACUUCCGCAAAGUUUUGCACAUCUUCUGCUAACACUGCUGGAUUCUAAACAUAGAAAUGGAUUCUGAAUAUAGAACAGAGUGUACUACACAAGGCAAAGAGUCAGACAAAUUUAACUUCUUUGUAUAGUUUAUUAAAGUUUUAUUUCUUGCUACA